CAGAUUUGCUGUCACCCACCGCAGAACAUCUCCUCUCUCUGAGCAACUCAUCAAGCGAACCUUAGCUCGAAUAUCCAAUCCCUAAACUCACUUUUUGAUUCACUGAUUUUACCUUCUCCUAACCUGAUUCCUCUCAACAGCGAUGGCUCUCAUCCAUGUAUCCAUUGAUGAUUAUGCAUCUCAUCAGGUUGCUAACAGAAUUUGAUGCCAUUGAAGAUGGAACUGGUCUUCAUUGUGUUGAUAUUGGCUUGCUUGCAGUCUUUUGUAUUUUCUGAUUUUCAAGGUGAUGCCCUGUUUGCAUUAAAGACUUCAUUGAAGGCGUCACACGAUCAACUAACUGAUUGGAAUCCUAAUCAAGUGAACCCUUGCACUUGGUCCAAUGUUCAGUGUGAUAAUAAUUCUAGUGCUGUUCAGCAUGUAACAUUGUCGUCAAUGGGAUUUACUGGAACUUUGUCCCCAAAAGUUGGAAAUUUAAAAUCUCUUUUGACUCUUGCACUGCCAGGAAAUGGCAUUACUGGUGAGAUACCCAAGGAGCUUGGAUAUCUGGCAAGUUUGGGAAGUUUGGAUUUGUCGAAUAAUAAUUUAACUGGUGAAAUACCAUCUGCCCUCGGUAAUCUUAAAAUGCUUCAGUUCUUGACUUUGAGUCAAAACAAUCUCACUGGAACUAUUCCCGAUUCCCUUUCAAGUCUUCAAAAGUUAAUCACUCUUCAACUCGAUUCAAAUGAUCUGAGUGGUCAGAUUCCCAAGCAUUUAUUCAAAGUUCAAAAGUACAACUUUACAGGAAACAGGUUUAAUUGUGGGAUUUGUGCAUCUGAAAGUGGAGAUUCAGGUGGUUUGCAAAAGCCGAAUAUUGGAGUUAUACUUGGGAUUGUGGCAGGAUGUGUUGUAAUUCUUCUUCUUGGUGGCUUUCUGUUUAUUCUGUAUAAGGGUAGACACAAAGGCUACAAGCGUGAAGUUUUUGUGGAUGUUGCAGGUGAAGUUGAUCGAAGAAUUGCAUUUGGUCAAUUGAAAAGAUUUUCGUGGAGAGAAUUACAGCUCGCUACAGACAGCUUCAGUGAGAAAAAUGUUUUAGGGCAGGGAGGUUUUGGAAAAGUUUAUAAAGGGGUGCUUACUGAUAAUACAAAAGUUGCUGUGAAACGGUUAACAGACUAUGAGAGUCCUGGAGGAGAUCAAGCUUUUCAACGGGAAGUUGAGAUGAUAAGUGUAGCUGUUCACAGGAAUCUUUUACGGCUGAUUGGAUUUUGCACGACUACCACAGAACGCCUCUUAGUCUAUCCCUAUAUGCAGAACUUAAGUGUUGCCUAUCGUCUACGAGACAUUAAACCUGGGGAGCCUGUUUUAGAUUGGCCUACAAGAAAACGUGUUGCUUUAGGGACAGCUCGUGGGCUAGAGUACCUUCAUGAACAUUGCAAUCCUAAAAUUAUUCAUCGGGAUGUUAAGGCUGCGAAUGUGUUACUUGAUGAAGAUUUUGAAGCAGUUGUUGGUGAUUUUGGCCUGGCAAAAUUGGUUGAUAUUAGAAAAACUAAUGUGACAACUCAAGUUCGUGGAACCAUGGGGCACAUAGCACCUGAAUACUUGUCCACUGGGAAGUCCUCAGAAAGAACUGAUGUUUUUGGUUACGGAGUCAUGCUUUUAGAACUAGUGACAGGCCAAAGGGCGAUUGACUUUUCACGCUUGGAGGAAGAAGAUGAUGUUUUAUUGCUGGACCAUGUCAAGAAGCUGGAGAGGGAGAAGAGACUUCAUGCUAUUGUAGAUCCCAACUUAAGUAAGAUUUACGACAUUCAAGAGGUGGAAAUGAUGAUUCAAGUUGCAUUGCUUUGUACCCAAUCAUCACCAGAGGAACGCCCUGCAAUGUCAGAGGUGGUACGGAUGCUGGAAGGAGAGGGGUUAGCUGAGAGGUGGGAAGAAUGGCAGCAUAUUGAGGUUACUCGCAGGCAAGAGUAUGAGAGACUACAAAGAAGAUUUGACUGGGGAGAAGAUUCUGUUUAUAACCAAGAUGCUAUUGAGUUGUCUGGUGGAAGAUGAGGCAUCGGAUAAGUCUGGGCCCAUUCUUCCUUAGAUUAUAGCUGAAGGUACUGAGGUGUACUGGCGUAGCGGAAGAUGUGUUAGACAAAGAAAACAGGGAAAGUGUACUCUCGGAAACAGAAAAUAAAAAAAUUAUGGAAGAGUUGUGUCUUCCGAAGUUGACGCAAAUUGCUGAAAGAAAAUAAAUCACAACUCUUCUUAUUCCAAACCUUCGUUCCUUCUCUAUUACAAUGACAACCGAAUAUAUAAAGUGAUCACUAAGGAAAGUAGACAUUUGAUAAAGGAAAUAUUUAUGAAAUGAAACAAUAAAUUAAGAAACAAA